GCCACACGGAAUGGUGUCCCGAGUUUUCUAGCUGCCAAUUUCCCGGCUAACUUCGUAACCGGUGCAUUUGCGUUUUAUCAUUUAAAUAUCUGUUGUGAUAUUUUUUUUUUUUGUUUUGUUUGUGUUCAAUUCAGCACGUCGCUUGACGAAAAAUCGUACACUCCAGUCGUUGCGGCUGGACAUGUUUAAUUCAUUAGCGGUACCAUCAAGCUAUCAAGAUUCCUAAAACACGCCAGAAAACGCCAAGAUGUGUCCGAAAACGAAGAGAUAAAAAGUAUAAAAAGGAUAAGAGUCCCACGAUGUUCUCAUUGGCAGAGGGCUGUGGUUGCGUCAGCUUCAGGGGGGGUCGCCGCACGCGCUCCUUGGGCGACGACUCCUCCUCAUGCCGGAGCUCGGAGAUAGAGCAGGAGGUGCCCAAGAAGUUGGGGAAGAGAAUACUCAACGGCGAAUGCACUAUGAAAGCUCUUGCGCCGUUCCUUAAGUUCUGGAAGAGAGAUGACGUGAGCAUGACCAAAGCUGAAAGAACAAUGAAGGCCGCCAUAUUGAUACAACAAUGGUACCGUCGAUACCUGGCCCGGAUGGAAGUCCGGCGACGGUACACUUGGACGAUCUUCCAAAGCAUCGAGUACGCUGGCGAACAGGAUCAAGUUAAAUUGUACAACUUCUUUAACGCCUUGUUGAGUCAUAUGAGGGAAACCAGUGGAAAGCCGUCCUCUGAGAGGACCUCAAGGACAGCAUCAGUCAUGGAACAGGUAUUUUCCGAGGAGUCAGACGAAGGUGGGGGCGUAGAUGAAACCGCUCCACCGAAGAAUUCUCGCGAGCCCGACAUCGAGUUCCCCUUGCAAAGGAAAGAUAUAGAUCUGCUUAUUGAGACGUUUAGGAAGAAAAAAAAAUGGUUUUUUCAGCACCGCUUACACCCGAAGCAAGUUGCGCAAAUCUUGAAGGAAGCAGCGCAGAUGUUGAAGAGAUUGCCAAACAUAAACGUCGCAACGACUUCGAUUUCUAGUCAAAUCACUAUUUGCGGAGACUUGCAUGGGAAACUAGACGAUUUACUGGUGAUAUUUCACAAGAAUGGGUUGCCGUCGCCAGAGAACCCGUACAUAUUCAAUGGAGACUUCGUAGAUCGAGGCAAGAAAGGACUGGAAGUGUUUCUUCUGCUGCUAGCGUGCAUGUUGGCCUUCCCCGGGGGCGUUUAUUUGAACCGAGGCAACCACGAAGAUCUUAUCAUGAACACCAGGUACGGGUUUAUAAGGGAAGUCCAUCAAAAAUAUCGGCACAAUGCGGAGCGCCUUCUGAAGCUGAUCGAGAACGUGUACCGCUGGCUGCCGCUCGGCACCAUCAUCAACAACCGCGUGUUCGUCGUGCACGGCGGCAUCUCCGACACCACCGACUUGGACAUGGUGCGCAGCCUAGAUCGGGACAAGUACGUAUCUCUUUUGAGGCCGCCAAUGAAUGAAGGCGCAGCGCCGGGCGGCGAAGGUAUCGACAAGGUGGAAUGGAAGCAGGUGUUCGAUAUUCUGUGGUCUGAUCCUCAAACCAUCGGAGGCUGCGUUGCGAAUGCUUUGCGAGGAGCCGGAACAUAUUUUGGACCUGAUGUCACCACAACCUUCCUCAGCAAGAACAAACUGAGCUUCUUGGUUAGGAGCCACGAGUGCAAACCUGGAGGAUACGAAAUACUACACAACGGGAAUGUGAUCACAAUAUUUUCGGCGUCAAACUACUACGAGCUGGGGUCCAACAAGGGCGCGUACCUGAAACUGUGCGGCAACUCCCUGGACCGGCAGUUCGUCCAGUACACCGCGGCCGUGUCUCGCACGCGUCGGCUCACGUUCCGCCAACGGGUGGGACUGGUCGAGUCGUCCGCGAUGAGAGAACUGCACAGCCAAAUCAUGACUGCACGUAGAACUCUGGAGGCUACUUUCCGGAGCAUGGAUGUGGAUCAGAGCGGCCUCAUAUCAGUGAGCGACUGGUGCUUCGCCAUGGAGGAGACGACUCGUCUGGGCCUGCCGUGGCGGAUGCUCAAGGACAAGCUCGUCCGCACCGACCCUGACACGCGCCUCGUGCGGUACAUGGACACUUUCGAUCUGACGGCUAACCGUGGGGGGCGGAAGUCUGAUGCUCAAACAGUCGUCGAGACACUCUACAAGAACAAAAGAAGCCUGGAGGCGAUAUUUAAGAUUCUCGACAAGGAUAAUUCAGGCUACAUAACGUUGGAAGAAUUUUCCGAAGCUUGCCAGUUACUCGGUAAAUAUAUGCCAAAUCCAAUGACCCAAGAGCAACUUGUGGACAUUUGUAGAUUGAUGGAUAUAAAUAAAGACGGCUUAGUUGACCUCAACGAGUUCUUGGAAAGCUUCAGGCUUGCUGAAAAGAGUUUGCACGAGGAGGAGCACAUGAUAGCUGAGAUUAAAGCUUCCUGACAGGAGCUAGACCGCUAUCCUAGUAGGACAGCGGUCGAUAAAGAUGAGACUGAGGUCGAAAUCGAGCUGUUAAAACUCGACGAUGUUCCCAAUAACGUGCGCCCAAAAUACAAGAAAUCUGGAAGCCGAACGGCUAUCAAUAAGGAUGAAAUUGGUGUCGAUGUUGAAGUACUGAACCUAGAUGAGGAUACUCGCCAAAACUACAAGAAAAACGGUCGAGCACACUUGAUGGGUAAUGUCGCAAGCUCAUCGAGAGAUGCAGAGGAAAUAGAACUAAUAGAUUGCAACAGAUCUAAACGGCCAGGCCUUUUAGAAAGUGACAUUUAAAUACUUCCAAUUAUAUUUGAGCAUAUAACUGAUAUUUCCAAGAAAAUUUUCUAGUCACAUUCGACGAAAAUGACAAAGGCUUUGUUGUUCUCUUUUAAUUUUAAAAAGAGAUUUUAUACAAUGAGAUUUUCCAAGAAAAUUAUCUUUGACAAGAACAGCUGAAGGGUUUGUAUCCAGACUAAUAAAUUACGAGUGUUCUUGAGUUAAUUAGUAUAAUUCUAAUACAAUUUCUCAUUGAAUUUAAACAGUUAAGUUUACACAGCGAGUAAAGUCACACAUAAUAAUGCUGAAGAGUUUCUAAAAUUCAGAUUAUUUUGUAAACAUAUAGUAAUAAGUCAAGUAAUAUAUAGGUUUACAAGUAUGUAAACAACGUGAACUUAUAGGAUAACAAUGCAAUAUCCCAUUUUAAAUUGAAAUCUAACAAAUUCAAUAUUAUGGUUCGCGUGCCAUCAGAUUUAGCUUUUAUAAUCGGUAAUGUAAUUAAAUUACUGUUACCGGCUCUUUCAAUUAUUAUUGUGGUUUAUAAUAAAUAAUUAUUAUAGUGCAUUAAAUUAUAUGGCAUCUAUAUUAUAUUUAAAUUAAAUUAUAUUAUAAUUACCUAACUACGAAUAUGGCGUGUAUACAAUUUAUAGGGUUUAUUAAUGUUUAUACUUUCUAAUGCAUUUUUAAUGGAGCCUAAUCUAAUUAACUAAAACGUGUAUUAUGUAAAUAUACUUCAAUGAUCGUAAAUACCAAUGAUAUUAAGCGAUUACAUACGUAGAGAGAAAUUAAAAAUUGGGAAUAUAUUUUUUCUUUUUGCUGCUACACAUUAUGAAGUCGCUUCUUUCGAGCUUAUUUGAGUAGUUUUUUUUUAUUUUAAUUUCAAUAAAUAAAUUAUUAUACUUAGUGCCAAGCUAUAAAAUAAUUAAGUAUAUAGCUAUAAAUUCAAUUUCUAGAUGUAAAAUUAAAUAAAUAUAUGAAAGUUUUUCAAAUCGAAAUAGUAAGUUGAUCUAAAAGAAAUGAGAGGUAGACUAAAAAGUGCUAGUGUUUGAAGUUUUAAAUUUAUUUAUUUAAAAGUUACGAGAUAAAAGCAUAAAUUUAUCAUAACAAUAUAUUGUAACUUUAUAGAUAUCAACAAAUAAGUAAUAUUUUUAUGGUAUCACCUACACCUAAAGGACCUAAACUAUGAAGUGAUUAAAACUGUCUACCUUCGGAAUAUUACGCUAUAGACUUCCCUAAAUUUUCAGUGUCUUCAAUCGAUGUAACAUUUUUCUGAUAAAAAGAGAAUAAUACUUUCUAUUUUACUACGUAAGUAACUUUUACAAUGACUUCGAGUCCCAAUAGUCGAUCUUUACGAGGUUCCUUUUGCGAGCAACUUCACUUUGAGCGACCGAUGUCACGCUCAAUCGUCACAGUCGUAAUUCUCGGAUAUCAGCUUGGAAAUGUCGGGUACUCUGGCGGGGGAACAUCUUGAAAGUACUUGUUCACAUCUAUUGGUCAUACAUUGUAGUGCGAGUAUCUCUCAGUGGCGGAUUUACUUACUUGCCGCCAGUAGGCUGUUAAAUUUUUGCCUCCUACUGACCUCUGUAGUUCAUUACCCUAUUUAUAUAUAUAUAUAUAUAUAUAUAUAGACAAAUCAGUGUAUUCAGGUUACAAAAGUUUAGUGAUAAAGUGAACAUGAACAUGUUAAAGUGACACACAAAUUAUAGUAUUUUACUAGUACUAUAAUUAUGUACAUUUCGUACUAGAAUGUUAGUAAAAUUUUCAAGACUCAGUUUUUCUAUGUACCCAAAUUCUGAGAUGGUUUUCUUUAUUUCUGUUAGACAAAAUAUUUAAAGCCUUUGCAGGCCCGCAAAAUCUGCCGCCCAGCCUACUAGCCUACUGCUAAAUCCGCCACUGGUAUCUGUAGCUUUUAUCACGAUUCACGUCAAACGUUCUUUAAGGGAAAACGGUUUAAAAGCAAGUCUAUAUUAUGUUUGUAAAUUAUGCUCCGACUUAAUUAUUAUGGUAUUAUCUUCUAUAUUAAUGAAUAUUAGUUGAUUAAAUGUUAGUUUAUACGAAAAAAUCUAGAAGUCUAAGAGACAGUGCCACGCAAACCAGACUCUCCCUUCGAGUACGUUUUAUUCCAAAACAACGUUAAGGUUGAUUUAUUACAAUUUUUUGACUUUUCGGAGAGAACAGCAAAAUGAACAAUACACUAAACAAAAAUUAUUCGCAUAUAAUAUAUAUCUAUCAUAUUUUCGCAUCGGUAACGGUGAUAUUCUAUAUAACUAAUGCACCCACUAAUACAUAUUUUUUUUUUAAUUUUUAGUACUUAAUAUUCAUUAAUACCUACCAACUGUAUAAAUGAUUUAAAAAUAAACGAAAUUUGGGAGCAACGCUGCAUAGUUAAAUAUUAUCAUUAUUUAUGUACUUUUGUAAAAUUUACCUAGUAAUGGUGCUUAAAAGUACCAAAAAACGUCUAAUUAAAUAUUUCUAAAAGAAUUAUUAUUGUAAUAAAGUAUCUCUUACAGUAGUUUAAAACUAGCUUUCUAUUAAAAUUAAUGGAAUUAUUGUACUCGUAGUACCUAAUCAUAUCCAAAGAUUAGAUAAAAUAUUUUUACUAUAAAAAGAUUCAUAAUACAUACCUAGUUUUUAUAAAUAUUCUAGUCAAAAGUGCGAGAGCUGUAUGAUAUUGCAUACAUAUCUAUAUUCAAGCUAUUAUCAUUCCAAUGUAUCUACCUAUAACAUGAAUGCAUUGAAUUUAAUAUUUGUAGCUCUACUUCUAUUUCAAAAUGUUCUCAUUUGUAAUACAGUCCAAUCACAACGGGAGGUAUCACAGAAGCCGUUAAACCUCCCGGAGGGCAAUGAUAAUUUUAUAAUAUAGAUAGGUCACGUGCCUACAGAAUCACCACAAAAAGUAACGUUCGUUGAUUGAUAAGCGACUAAAUAAAACUAAGACACACAUUUGUCCGCUUCAGUUUUGAUGCUUUAGUGCCCAUCUCUAGUAUGAAAUAUCAUUGUCGGAGGGCAUUAAGGACUUACUUGUCGAGAAGGGGUCAGACGUCUACGGAGGCAUUAAAUAACAUCUAGACACACUAAAACUAUCUAUGUAGUACAUAUAUAUUUUUUUAUUAAUGAAGUACUUAUAAGUACAUCUUUCUUUUAUAUGGUGUUACACUGUGUGCGAAAGAAGGUACGUAGUCAAGGACUCGAUUAUUUACCUAGCUUAGUGUGGUUAAUACCUCUUAGAUUCGUUCAUUUUUACUUGUUUAAGGUAAUGUUUAUUAAUUUUGAUUAAAUAUCAAUUACCCAAUAAGAUGAUAUUUAUGAGAAGUGAAUUUCUUUAGAGCCAAAUUAUUAAACCGAGUGAUUAAUCUCAAGACCACAAAUUCAGACGUUGAAGCAAUUCAUCGUUCAAUUCAAUUGACUGAUGUAUUUUUGGUAGUGAUUGGACUGUAAAUUAAAUUAAAUGGAGGUGAAGAAUCUUAAAAAUGAUUCUGUUAAUAUGCAAUCAUAAAUAAUAGAUAUCAAUUUUGGAACAGCUGUGGUGACGGUUUUGGUGUACUAUGGCCGUCAUAAACAAAAUUUAUACUUCUUCUUUCUCUUAUAGGAUAACGAUAAACUAUUAAAAGUCAAAUAUUUACUCAAUUAUUAUUAACUGUAAUUUAUAACAAUUAUAUGCUAUAUUAUAAGUUUUGUCCAUUAAAUUGUGAUAAAGAA